AUGGAUAAGAGUUGGAUUAAAAUGCAUAGGAAUGAGGAGGCGUUCCGCAAGGGAGUCAAAAGCUUCCUAGACUUUGCGUUUGAGCGUAUACAACCUGGGAUGGAGUCAAUUCGUUGUCCUUGUGUUUACUGCAAUAACAAUUGCUAUUUUUCUCGAGAUGAAGUGCAUCUACAUAUAUUGCGUCAUGGGUUCACGAAAGGAUAUACUAAUUGGAUAUACCAUGGGGAGGCAGAGGGAAGGGAACCUUUGGGUACUGCUAGAAUAAUUGAAGAUGACAUGCCGGAAAACGACGAUUGGGAUGAGUUGCUAGGUGUUAUUGGAGAAUCUUCAAACUCCGAUCCUGCUAAUUUUUACCGGUUGUUGGAGGAGUCCGAGAAACCCCUUUAUCCUGAUUGUAAGAAUUAUUCAAGGUUAUCCUUUACUGUGCACUUACUUUGUAUUAAGACCCGUGGUGGAUUGGCUAACAAAUGGUUCGACGAGCUGUUGAGUCUUCUGAUCAAGGCAUUUCCAAUUGCCCUAAUACCGAAGAACUGUUAUGAGGCUCUAAAAUCCAUAAGGGACUUGGGUCUUACCUAUCAGAAGAUCGAUGCUUGCCCAAAUGAUUGCAUAUUGUUUCGGAAAGACUAUUCUCUAUUGGAUAAGUGCCCGGUCUGUCAUGCUUGUAGAUGGAAAAAUGAUGGGUCAUUGGGAGGCAAUGAAUUAGAUAUUAGUGCAAAAAGAAAACCUAAGAAGAAAGUUGCUGAAAAGAUAGUACGAUAUUUUUCUUUAAAGGCAAGAAUUCAGAGGUGGUUUAUGUGUCCUAAGACCGCUCCUCACAUGAUAUGGCAUAAAGAACGUAUUGAUGAUGGACUUUUGAGGCACCCGGCAGAUUCUCAGAACUGGAAGAGCUUUGAUGAGAUGCACCCCACAUUUGCAGCCGAGCCUCGUAAUCUGAGACUUACAUUAGCUACCGAUGGGAUGAAUCCUUUUGGAAAUAUGACGAAUCCUCAUAGCACAUGGCCAGUUGUUCUAAUCAACAACAACAUACCACCAUGGAUGUGUACAAAAGAUUCUAAUUUCAUUUUGUCUAUGAUAAUUUCAGGACCCAAAUCACCAGGAAAUGAUAUUGAUGUGUACUAUUAG